UCGCAGCCUCGAGAUGAAGAAGAUGGCGGCAGCAGUGGCUUCGUUAGCCACGGUGGCGACAGAGCCUGGAGAGGACGCCUUCCGGAAACUUUUCCGCUUCUACCGGCAGAGCCGGCGGGGGACGGCGGACCUGGGGGCGGUCAUCGACUUCUCGACGGCACAAGUGGCCCGAGGCCCGAGCCCCGGCGUGCCCAAGGUGGUCAGAUUUCCUUUGAAUGUGUCCUCAGUGACUGAUCAUGAUGCCUGUAGGGCAGGACUUCAGCCUGUGAGCAAGUGGCAGGCUUAUGGGCUCGAAGGCUAUCCUGGAUUUAUUUUCAUCCCAAACCCAUUCCUCCCAGGAUGUCAGUGGCACUGGGUAAAACAGUGCCUUAAGUUAUACUCCCAGAAACCUAAUGUGUGUAACCUGGACAAGCACAUGACUAAAGAAGAGACCCAAAGUCUGUGGGAACAGAGCAAAGAGUUCCUAAGGUCUAAAGAGGUAAAUAAACGGAGACCCCGAAGUUUACUAGAGAGACUGCGCUGGGUCACCCUGGGGUAUCAUUAUAACUGGGACAGUAAGAAAUACUCAGCAGAUCAUUAUACACCUUUCCCUUCUGACCUGGCUUUCCUCUCAGAGCAAGUCGCCGCUGCCUGUGGAUUUCAGGGGUUCCAAGCAGAAGCGGGUAUCCUGAAUUACUACCGCCUUGACUCUACACUGGGAAUCCAUGUGGACAGAUCUGAACUAGAUCACUCCAAACCCUUGCUGUCCUUCAGCUUUGGACAGUCUGCCAUCUUUCUCCUGGGUGGUCUCAAGAGAGAUGAGGCCCCUACAGCCAUGUUUAUGCACAGUGGUGACAUCAUGGUGAUGUCAGGUUUCAGCCGCCUGUUAAAUCAUGCAGUCCCUCGAGUCUUUCCGCAUCCUGAUGGGGAAUGUCUGCCUCACUGCUUGGAGACACCUCUCCCAGCUGUCCUCCCUAGCGAUUCACUGCUUGAGCCCUGUUCUGUAGAGGACUGGCAGGUGUGUGCCACCUAUUUGAAAACUGCUCGAGUUAAUAUGACUGUCAGACAGGUACUGGCCACAAACCAGGACUUCCCCUUAGAAUCCAUGGAGGAAACAAAAAGGGACAUUACUGCAGAUGGUUUGUGCCAUCUGGAUGACCAGAGUAGCCAAGCAAAACGGGCGAGGCGGAAUUCUGACACUGAAGACUAAAGGUUAGAUCUGUUGCCACGCACUCUCACCCCACGACCGUCCUCACAAAGGGCAGGGAAGAAGUCGUCCAUCAUGCUGCUGUCGGGAUGUGUCUUGGAAAGUAGAAUGAUUACAGUUUCCUCAGAAGUGUUUGGAUCCAGCUCGAUACAAGCAGGAAUGUGUUUGUCGUACCUCAUAGGUAUCAUUAUGUAUAUAUAUAUAAUGAUCCACACGGAUUUCUCAGCCUCUGCUGUUACCUCAGAAGGAAGAAGUGAGAUCGUAUGUCUAUGGUGUGUCACUACCUCGACGCUUAAUAAGAGGAAAUAGUAUCUUCCUCUCAGCGUUAUGUAAUUUGUGAACCAGCAACCAGAAUUCCUAACUCAUAGUUGUCAUCAAAUACUUUGAGAUCUUCACUCUUCUCUGCCCUCAGAGAGGAAUCUUAUGCACAUGAAGACAUGGAAUUAGAGUGUCCCUCAGGAGCUGGUGUUGUCACUUGAUUGGUAGAACACAUGUCUACCAUGCAUGUGUCCUGGGUUCAGUACCCUGUACCACAUGAAUCCAAUGUGGUGCGGCCUGCCCCAGCGCUCCAAGGGUCAUCUUCAGCUACUAGCCUGAGCUACGUGAUACUCCCACAGACACAAAGUGGCCACCCCACCCCAAGAAGUUAAAGAGAUAAAUAUGUAUAAAACAAAGGAAAACAGAAAGUAGUCUCUGUGUGUCUUUUUUAUAUCUCCAAACUCUUUCUGGUGGCUUUUUAAUUGGCUUUAAUAGACUAAGAAAGUCUCUAGAGUAUUUUGUUAGCUGUUUUCUCCGUGAAUAAACACUCCCAUCUUAAACUAAA